CGUUGAAUGUAUCUAAAUUUAACUCCCUCGAGUUUCACAAUACAGAAUUUCCACAUCCAAAGGCGAUUAUUCUCAUUUCAAUCUUCUCAGAAUGUGGUGAAUUUUCAUCGAGAAAACACGCCUUAAGGAAGAUUUUGCCGUGCACAACCAACCAGAUUACUUUUCAAUCACUAAAGACUGUUCAAGUGCUAUGAAGAACAAUUAUGGGUGAUUCAUGUGAGGAGAAUCGCGAAAAAAGUGCUCGUGAGUGCAAAAUGGAGGAAUUUAGACAGAAUUUACGUGAAAAACGUGAACAACGUCAAACAGUUAUUGCCAAUUUUCGCCAAAAACUCACACAUUUGGAAAAAGAGAAUGUAAAAUUGCGUGAAAUUAUCGAAACGGCUGGUAUUAAGGUGGAUUUUGAGGAUGAUUUUGAUGCCAAAUCAGCUGAUAUUGCUGCCACAUCAUCCACCAUUGUGGCAUCUCCAGACGACAGUGACCAUCAACAGGAUGAUGAUGAUGAUCACGUCACGAGCAUCAAGUCCAACUUGGCAGAGACCCAACAUGAAUUGCAAUUAGCAAAUGCAAACGUUCUCUCAUUGACAUCAGAGUUGAGUGCAGUCAAACGACAGGUGGUCUCACUGAAGGAGGUGAAUACAAUAAGUAAACAACUGAUGGAAAUUCGGGAAACUGAAGUGAAUCAACUGAAAGAGAAGCUGAGAGAGAUUGAAGAGACACUGGCUGACCGAGAAACACUGAUAAUGUCCGAGAAUUUGCGGAAUGAGUACAUUCGUCAGUUGGACAACAUGAAGAACUUGAGGACGCUGUACGAACAGCGAGCGAGACUAUCGAACUUGGAGAUUGAGUCACUAAAGGAGCGCCUAAUUGCCAGUGAAAAUCAACUGAAAGAAGAAGUUGACAAAAAUCACGAACAUGAGAACCUCAUUCACCAUCUCGAAAAUGACCUCUCCGUCACACAAAAUCAAUUGGCAGACUCAAAGUGUGAAACUGAGAAUUUACAGACAGAAUAUGGUGCCAUCAAUCAACUGUUCGGCCGAAUGCUAAUGGGCUUCAAUUCAGGAAAUGACAACCUGGAUAUUGAUAAAUUGACGGAAAUCCUGGAAGACCAUCGCCUCUUACUCAGUGACAUUACAAACAAUGAGGAAUCACUAAUUGCCAGCAAUUUCCUGCCCAAAGUCCUCUGUGAUCUCGUAACACAGGCAUCAGAGAAGGACAAUGAUGUGGAGAAUGCUUGUGGUGAAAAUUCAUCAACUCCCACAUUUUCCAGCACGGAGGAAAUUAUUGGAAAUUUGCCAAAAGUAUGGAGAAUUCUCACAGAAUUAUUGAGUCAUCAGAAGAAAAUUAAUCCUGUACCUCUGCAGGAAGACGGACAGAAUGAGGAUUGCUACAAAUCCGUGCAGACCCCGUCAGGACCUCAGCUUGUGCUCAGUGUCAGCAAGACGUACAUAAAGCUCAAGAACCUCAUCUUGGAGAAGAAGUCUCUGACUAAGGAAACAACUCGUCUGAAAACCCUCAACUGUCACCUCGAGCGCACUCUCCAGUCACAGGAGAAGAGACUGAGCGCCGUGAGCAUCGAGCUCACAAAGACCUGGCAUCUGGUGAAUCGCCUGCAGCGUCAGCAUCGUCAGCUGCACACUCAGGAGCAGGUUCUUCGGUAUCAGCUGCAGCAGAAGAGACGUCUAUUGCUCGAGCUGAAAGAGGAGCUCGAAUACUGCCGACAAAAGUGGGCCAAAGCGAGGGAGAAGAACGAGGACUCUGAAGUGCAAUGGGAGUCACUGAGGCGUGAAUUUGCUAACAGAAAGGACGGCAGUGCCUCAGCUGAGAGUGGCUACAGCGAUGACCCACUGUCCGAGGAAGAAGAGGAGGAGGAGGAGGAAGACAUCAAGAGUGGACAAGAAGUUUACUCAGAAGACGAGACAAUGGGUGCAUGCGGUAAAUCUCUCACAAUCCCCGAGAAAGACAUGAGAAAAUCACCCCACACUGAAACACUAGAGGAGAUGUUCAAUCGGAUAAGUGCACAGGGAAAUCCCCAGGAAAUCACCCAAGACAGUGAAGCGUCAUCCGCAGACACUGCAAAUGCCACCCCAGAAGAAGAACCAACAAAUUCAAUUGCAUCUACAAGCAAUGCCACAGUUCUCACAGCAAAUGAGGAGGAAUACACACUCAGGCGUGCUGCACGACUCCAACGUCUCGAGGAAGAGUGCAAGACAUUUGUGGCGAGAAUGAAUGAGAACCGGAACCGUGGCUCUCAACUUUGCAAUCAACUCGACCGCGUUCACACCCGAUUUAGCGAUAAUCGAACUGUCGAGGAGAAUGCUAACGAGCCACAGCCGCAACCCACUGAGAGUCUUGUGGAGGAAUGCAAAGCAUCGGUAUGCCAAGGCAGUGAAAGCCCCUCAAGAGGCCUCCUCACUGCCACUGAGGAGGAAUACACCGCCCGCAGGAGUGAGAGAAUCCAGCGCCUCGAGGCGCAAUGCAAAGAGCUCAUGGAUCGAAUGGCAGCCAACAAGAAUCGCGGAGAGGAACUCAGUGAUCAACUGGACGAAAUGCACCAGAGAUUCUCCAGCAGAUCCUCCUCCGAAGCCCCCCAAUCCCAAACCCCUGACCUCACAGACAGUCCCCAAGACAAUGCCGAAGACGGUGAGGCGAAAGAACCCUAACUUCUUAACUUUUUUAUGUGUUUUUUUUUUACAACUUCACUCCCCCGAGGAAGUCAUAAUAAUUAUAUUUUUACACUCUAUAGCGUCCCUUAUGUUCAAAAUGUUGCUCUAUACCUAAAUAAAUAAAUGUAUACCCACUUGGAAUAA